GAUUGUUUAUUUAAUCACGCUUGCUAAGGAUGCUCUACUACUAAUUUUUCUUGGUGAACCAAUUGUGACAGACAUGACCUGUAAUCUGGAAAAGAUUAAAUAAAUCCGGCGCCAAAUUAUUCAUAGUGAUUCAUUGCUGGCGCCCACACGUAAUAACAUCUACUGCUUAGAAACAGAAGCUUCCAUUUCUAUCUCAACUUUUACUUUGAACAAAACUAAGUUGAAUAAUCUUCCUUAAUUCUCUUUUAAAUAAAUCCUCUUUGUACGACUGCUGCUUCCUAGUGAAAGUUUCUUCCCAUCAAGCGGAGAUAUGCCGAGUUUAAUUUUGAAAGUUUAUAGCUUACUCUUCAAGUACAACCUUAAACGGCAAUUACAAACCUUAAUCCAAUCUCCAGUUUCAGUUUCAGAUCCUUUUAACGGUGUCGUUUCACGCGCCGAUGAAUCCAUUGUCACUUCUAACCCUACUUUCUCUAAAGAUGGAGUUGCAACUAAAGACCUUCAUAUUGACCCUUUGACUUGUCUCUCCCUCAGAAUUUUCCUCCCACAAUCAGCUCUCAUUUCGUCAACAAAUUCCGUCGCCGGUACUGAAGGGGCUUACGGGGGUUAUCAACCUGAUAUAAAUGGAAAGGGUUGCAAGAAGUUGCCGGUGAUACUGCAGUUUCAUGGUGGUGCUUGGGUGACUGGGGGUAAUGAUACGGCUUCUAGUGAUGUUUUCUGUAGGAAAUUGGCAAAAUCUUGUGAUGCUAUUGUCAUCGCUGUUGGGUAUAGGCUGGCACCGGAGAGUCGGUUUCCGGCUGCGUUUGAAGAUGGGGUUAUGGCGAUUAAGUGGUUAGCGAAGCAAGCUAAUUUGGCUGAAUGUAGCAGGUCGAGUCUGGAUAAGAGGAUUGCUAAUGGAGAGAAGUAUAGGGGAAGACAAAUUGUUGAUGGAUUUGGGGCUUCUAUGGUUGAGCCUUGGUUAGCAGCUCAUCUAGACCCUUCAAGGUGUGUACUCCUUGGAGUAAGCUGUGGAGCCAACAUCGCAAAUUAUGUUGCACGAUAUGCUGUUGAGGCAGGGAAACUUUUGGAUCCUAUAACUGUUGUGGCUCAAGUUCUGAUAUACCCUUUCUUCAUUGGAAAUAUUCCUACACAGUCAGAGUUGAAACUGGCAAACUCUUACCUCUAUGACAAAGCUACAUGCAUUCUUGCUUGGAAACUUUUCCUCCCGGAAACAGAUUUGGAUCUGGACCAUAUAGCUGCAAAUCCCCUUAUACCAGGAAAAGAGACACCCUUGAACCUAAAGCAUAUGCCACCCACACUUACAGUGGUUGCGCAGUAUGAUUGGAUGCGAGACAGGGCUAUUGCUUAUUCAGAGGAACUUCGUAGAGUGAAUGUUGAUGCCCCUCUUCUUGAUUACAAGGAUGCUGUGCAUGACUUUGCUACCCUUAAUGCCCUUCAGAAAAUGCCUAAAGCUCAGGCUUGCUUAGAGGACAUUUCAAUAUGGGUUAAAAAAUAUAUAUCCCUCAGAGGCAACGAAUUAUCUUAUUGACUGAAGGAUGAGAAUCAGAAUCAGAGAGGCGAGGAUGGCACAGGUUGCCGCUCUUAGGGUGUCUGCCAACCUCCUUCCGUUGCAUAUUUAGUUGCAAAGUGAGAUUUUUGUUGCAAUUUUUGUCCCUGUUAGAAGUUAAGGGUUAAACCGUUCAUUUAUUAAUUCAUUAUCAUUCUAUUAUAUACAGUAUGUAGUGUACAUAGCUUGAGGCUUCACAGGAAACACUGAAAUUUAAUGUAAAUUUGCUCUUUAAUGUAAAUCCCUAGAGUUUCCUUUA